AUGAGACUUCUCUUACCCCUCGUAUCCCUCUUGGGCGUUACCCUCGCCGCAGACGAGGUCGUCACAAUCACUGCUCCGGCCGCCAUCCCCUCCAACGAGCCCGAGUGGAAGACAGACAAGACCUUCACAUCGGCAAUUCUCAAUUCGACCAACUUUUAUAGGGGUGAGCAUAAUGCCAGUUCACUGACCUGGAACCGCACGCUCGAGGAGUUUGCCACCGACUACCUCGACGACAACGACGACUGCAAGUUUGAGCACUCGAAUGGCCCCUAUGGUGAAAAUCUUGCAAUCGGAUACAGCAAUGUCACUGCGAGCGUCGAGGCGUGGGGUGAUGAGCGUGACGACUACGACUUUGACAAGGGGGAGUUUAGCAAGAAGACGGGUCACUUCACACAGCUCGUCUGGAGGGAUACGACUGGCGUUGGCUGUGGAAGGAAGCUGUGUGGUGAGAGGGGUUGGUAUCUUGUUUGUGAAUACUGGCCGAGGGGGAAUGUCAUCGGGCAGUUUACGGAUCAGGUUUAUAAGGAGGAGGGUAAUAGUGCUGCGAGGGUUAGGCCUGGCGCUGGAUUGGCUUUGGUUAUCGUUGUAUAUCUACUUGUUUGGAUAUAA